AUGGGUAAACUGCUUUUUUUAAAUUUUAAUUUUGAAUAAGUCCAAUUUUUUCUGGAUGCUCAAACAAUUUCUUUUUUUGAUUCAGUAGGAUAUACGUUCAAAUAAGAACAGAAAAAUAAACAAAUGGAUCUUUAAGAAAAUUUUGUUAUAGUAGAUUCUCCUAUAAACUCUUUUUUCUUUAGUCCUGCUUUUAAAUAAAUUUUUCAAAAAACCAAAAGAAUGACCUUUUUUUCUAUGAAACGUUUGUACGCCCGUAACCUUAAGAAAACACUUUAAAAUUAUUAAAAUAAUUUCUAACGCUUGAAAAAAAUCAAAGCCACUCUUAAGACUACUCAAAUUUGGAAGAAAAAAAUUAUUUUUUUGAAAAAAAGCCACAUUUCAUAGAUUCAAAGAUUCUUUGAAAGCUCAGAGACUUUGAGGCUCAGAAAGUUGGGUUUUUUCGAACAAAUAUUCCAAAAGUAAACCAUCAAAAAGGCUUCUCCUAGCGUUUGGGUUUUCAGAUAGCCAGGAACCUUGAGAAAAAUAGGAUUUAAGUUCAAGAGUUUUUCUGGACCGCUACUGAAACCUUAGGAAACAUCUUCAUAAACUGUUUCAAAGCUUUGAUAAUCCACUAUUCGCAGUAAAUCACACACUAAAUCGCCUCUUCUGUCGGGUAACCACGAACCAAUCAAAGUGACAUUGUAGAUGACUUCAAGAAGAUCAUUUGCGACAUGUGCGAGCUCUACAAGACGGGCAAGGCCGACGAGUGCAUGAAGCGCUACGCCGCACGUGACUGCUGCUUCAUGGGACCUUUCCAUGAGCCCGUCGACUGCCGAGGUGCCCGAAGACCUUUCUUCUCCUGUACCUAGAGCUUCUUCCAGGCAUGGUCAACUUCUGCAACGACACAAAGUACAGGGACAUUGUCACCUGCGACUACGACGUUAAGGUCGACGAUGUCAAGGUUUACAGAAAGUCCGAAGUUCUAACCAAAAGGCUUCGAAAUCUUAGAAGAGCUUUCAGUUUCUCAAAGCCAUUCCAGUUUUGCGAAGAGAUUCUGAAGUUUCUUCCAAAGUCUAAGAAGAGCCUUUUAAUAAAGAACGAUCCCUGAUAUCUUGAAAUCUCGAAAUCACUGAUAACCUCCAAAAUGAAACCUCAAAAUCUCUGAUACUUUGAAAUGAAUCCAAGUUUUUCCCGUUGAUCUAAAGGCUCCGAUGCUCCCUUAGAUACGCCCUAAGGUUCUAAAUUCGAUUAAAAAGCUUCAAAAUGAUCAAAAUAACCGAAAAAGGCCUUCUCGGACGAAUCCCAAUAUUUCUUCCCGCAUUAUAACACUUUCAAGCAAAACCCAAGCUCAAAACUUCUCAUAUACCGAAAAUUCAAUAGAUUCUGAAGCAAUAGAGAACCAAAAAAUCUUCCAAAGGAUUCCAAAUUCGGUACCAACGCUUACCUUUUCGAAGAUUAAAGUUCAAAAAUCUCUAAUUUCCUCCUAUUUUGACCAAAUUGACCUGUCUUGGUACCAAUCGAGAGCUGAUGGAAUGGGCAAUGAAAAAACAGACAUUCAUCAAUAUUAUCUUAAACAACGUUUAUAGACGUUCGGCGACUGCGCCGUGGUCCGCACUACGUUCUGCGGCAAGGUCCGCAACUGCGACAAGAAGGGCUGGUGAGAUUAUCCCUACAUUUUUGGUUUAAAAAUACUUUUUCCUUCUAAACUCUCACAGACAAUAUUACUUUUCUUCACCGAUUCCAUAUAAGAACAUGGUUUUUCCAAAAAAAAAAUCAUCAUUUUCCAGGUCCCUGAUGGUUUUCGUCAAGGAGAACGGCACCUGGAAGGUCCGCAACUGUUGCUGCACCUUCUUCUGUAAGGACUUCUGA